AUGGCCGCUUCCGCUGCUCUGUUCUUCCUGGUCCCGACCAUAGCAUUACUAGCCGCAGCAGCAGCAGCAGCAGGAGUGUCCAAUGUGGAAGCAGUGACAUACCCAGUCAUCAACAUGGCCCCGGGGACCAAAGGCGGGAUCGUCUUCGACACCCAAAUCGGCCUCAACUUCACCACCAACACCAUGUCCGCCGCCUCCGACUUCUCCUGGCAGACCUUCCAGCAGAACACGUCGGCCGACCGGCGAUCGCUGCCGCAGAUCAGCCUGUUCAUCGACUCCGACAUCCAAGGGAUCGCCUACCACGACUACCAGGCCGCCCAAAUCUACAUCGACGCAGACUACCUCGCCAACUUCACCUCCAACGGCUCGUCGUCGUCGGCCGAUGAGCUGCGCAGGGAGUUCGCCGGGCUGGUGUACGGCCAGAUGGCGUCCGUGUGGGGUUGGAACGGGAACGGCACGGCGCCGGCGGGGCUGCUGUCCGGGAUCGGCGAUUACGUGAGAGGCAAGGCAGGGUACGAGCCCAAGAAUAACCAUACUACUACUAGUUAUUAUGAGUGGGCGGAGGCAGGGGAAGGGGAGAAGUGGGACCAAGGGGACGACGUCACGGCCAGGUUCUUGGAGUACUGCGAUGGUUUGAGGAAUGGCAGCUUUGUGGCGGAGAUUAAUUCCAUGAUGAAGGACACUUACAGCAGCGGCUUCUUCGUAGAGCUGCUUGGGAAAGAUGUGGCCGAUGUUUGGAAGGAUUACAAGGCCAAGUAUGGGAAUCUCACGGCUUGA